AUGAGUUGUAUGAUGAAGACCUCGACAUGGCCUCGAGCGCUACGGCAGGCGUGGCGCCCUGCUGCCAGCCAGACUUCUGCCAAUGUCUCCCCGCCCAGCAGCCUACGAUCCUUCUCCAUCACCACAUUGCGGAGGCAGAUCCUCGACAUAUCAGCCCUGCCUGAUCGGAUCAUACCCAAAUACGAGGAAUCAUCCAGCUCCUCUCUCCUCUCUCUCCACUGGCCGCAGCCACCACGGAACAUCCUCCUCAUGCCCAAGCUGCACGCACCACACGUCACCGUCUCUGCUGUUGCAUUCGCCAAGCACCUCCACAGCAACUACCCCGACCUCAACAUCAUAUUCGAGAGUCGCAUCGCCAAUGCAGUCCACAACGACCUGCACUUCCCCGUAUAUACCACCAUGGAUAGUGACCCUGGUGUACAGUUCCCCAACAAGAUCGACCUCAUUACCACGCUCGGAGGAGAUGGCACCAUCCUGCGCGCCGCAAGCCUGUUCUCCCUGCACUCAAGCGUCCCACCCAUACUAUCAUUUAGUAUGGGAACGCUAGGCUUCCUCGGUGAAUGGAAAUUCGACGAGUACAAGCGCGCUUGGCGGGAGGUCUACAUGAGUGGCAGCGGUGUCGCGGUUAAGGAUCUGGUCGGCCUGCACACUCAGACGGCCGCAGGCAACCGGCGCCGGCGCGCCGAAAACGCGGACGAGGAAGGUGUCGCAAAAUGGGGCAGCGUGCGAGGCCAGAGCAUGGGGACGCAACGUGCCUCCAAGAUGCUGCUGCGGCACCGCCUCAAGGUUGGCAUCUAUGACACCGACGGAACCAACAUCAACAGUCAUUUGAUACCCACAUCUACAACCGACCCGAAGUUGAAUUUGCCAGCAUCACCUGAAGAGCAGGCAGAGCUGGAAAGACCGAAUUUUCCUUCCAUACAUGCCAUCAACGAGCUUCUGAUUCACCGUGGCCCGCAUCCUCACCUCGCUGUAAUCGACAUCUUCCUGAACAACCACUUCCUCACCGAGGCCGUCGCCGACGGCAUCCUCGUCAGCACCCCGACCGGCUCGACGGCUUACUCUCUGAGCGCCGGCGGUUCCAUCAUCCACCCCCUUGUCGGAUCCUUGCUCAUCACCCCUAUCUGCCCCCGCAGCCUGAGCUUCCGGCCGCUGGUGCUGCCUCUCAACACCAAGGUCUCCCUCCGCCUGAGCGACAAGAACCGCGGCCGCGAGCUGGAAGUCAGCAUCGACGGCAAGCGCAAGACGGGUGUCGGCAUCGGCAUGGAGGUCCGCGUCGAGGGCGAGAUGGUGGGGCGCAGCAGCGAUGGCAGCUGGAGGGGCGGCGUGCCGUGCGUCAUUCGCGCUCCGGGCAAGGGAGAUGCCGAGGGCAUCAUGGAGGACGACGACGGCUGGGUCGGCGGGCUGAAUGGUCUUCUCAAGUUCAACUACCCCUUUGGCGCGUCAUCGGGGAACUGA